UAGUUGAUUGAACCAAUCCUUUUUGUUUCGUUCGUAUAUAUAUUUGGUAUAUAUUUUCGUAUCCUAAUUGCUUAAAUGGAAGCAACACAGAUAUUGUUGUAUUCUUUAGUAAUUAUUCCAUGUCUUAUUUGUUUGAUGAAUCAAGGCGAAACCGUACGAGGUGUAGUUAAUCACCUUUUACGCUUUUACCACGAUAUAUCUACAUCACAUUUUCCACACCUCAAACGUAAACUCCUUCACAAACCCCAAAAAAAAAAUAAAAACACAUGAGCGUCGUAAUUGAUUAUAAUAAAUGUAUUGAAAUGAACCAAAAUUGACAUUGCAAUUUCAAUGACACACAACUUUUGUACACCCAUGUUGAUGCACACCAUGUUCCAUAUUAUCCCUGAAAUGAACAAAGCUUAUAAGACAAGUUAUUCAUUGAAUAAAUAAGAAAGAAGAGAAAUAGUUUCCAAGGUAUUGAACAAUCUGUGUCCAUAAGCUUUGCUUCAUAUGCUCACCUCCUCAAUUCACAACGAGUCGUACUCCUUUGGCUUCAUUGUGUUGAAAAACUGCUUAAUUCGCUUGACUAAAAUUAAGAAGAAACUUCAAACGAUGACAUGUAUACCAAUUAUUUCGCCAUUACAAAAAUAUAUAUAUAUAUAUACAUAUAUAUAUAAACACGAAUGUAUAGACAUAUCAUCAAGAGAUCCGAUCCGGAAGGAAAUGGACCAGGAAGAACGAUAAAACCAAAACCAAACUCACAGCCAGUUUAAGAGAAAGAGAAAUACUUUUUACAGUGCUCCAAUUUACUUUAUACUUUAACAUUUAAUUUUUAGUUUCAUUUACGUUUUCGGUUUUAAAUUUAGUUUUAGUUCUAGUUUUAGUUCUAGUUUUAGUUCUAGUUUUAGUUGUGGAUAAGGACGUUGAUGAUUUCGAUUGUAUGUAAUUUAUAAUUUCUUGCUUGUUUCUUUUUCUCUUUGCAUUUGCAGUUUGGCGCUUUAACCCCCUUAGAACCCCGGCUAGGAAAGAAAUUAAUAGAACCACUCACAAAUCUAAUUCAUAGGCAAGUCUUAAAUUAUUGCAAAAACAAACAAACAAAACGAAAAUACAAAUGAACUGAAGUAAACAAAAAAAAAAAAAAAUUAAAUACGAUACGAUUUCCCAAAAAUUGUGUGGAAAACGAUUGCAACACAAAGCAAGGCGAAAGCAAAAAAAAAAAAACUAAAUUCGAAAUCGCAAAGUGACCGAUUAAUGGUCGAUAUCUAUUGAUCGAUAAUUGAAGCUGCUCGAUGAUUGUGCGACUGAACGUUAUAUAUAUUCGUUAUUAUCAUUUAACUGUACAGAUCUUCUAGCUUCUUAUGUCCGUUACCUAUAUCGCUCUCUCUCUCUCUUUAUCUGUCUGUCUAUCUCCAUCUCUCUCCCACUCUCUUAACUUAUAUGACUGUCGCCAUCCUGCUUAACACCUCGGCGAUGAGUCUCCUGUACGAGUGCAUCAACACGGUGAUCGCGGUGCUCAUCAGCAUCAGCAGCGGCAUGCCCAACCACAGUGCCUCCAUCCAGCUCUGCGUGCAGAAGCUGCGCAUCCUCAUCGAGGACUCGGACCAGAACUUGAAAUAUCUUGGACUGUUGGCCAUGUCGAAAAUCCUGAAGACGCACCCGAAGAGUGUGCAGGCGCACAAGGAUCUGAUACUCGCCUGCCUGGAUGACAAGGAUGAAUCGAUACGAUUGCGCGCCCUGGAUCUGCUGUACGGCAUGGUAUCGAAGAAGAACCUAAUGGAGAUUGUAAAGCGAUUGCUGGGCCACAUGGAGCGGGCAGAGGGUUCCGCCUACCGAGACGAAUUGCUCUACAAGGUGAUCGAGAUAUGCGCACAGAGUUCCUAUCUCUAUGUGACCAACUUCGAGUGGUAUCUCACCGUGCUCGUGGAGCUCAUCCAACUGGAGGCUGGCUCACGGCACGGCCGCCUGAUUGCAGAGCAACUCCUUGACGUGGCCAUUCGAGUGCCUGUGGUCCGGCAAUUCGCCGUUAACGAGAUGACCAAUCUGCUGGACACGUUCACCGUUUCGGCGCAAAGCAAUUCCAUGUACGAGGUGCUCUACGCCGCCGCCUGGAUCGUUGGCGAGUUCGCUGGCGAGCUGGAGGAUGCGGAGAAGACGCUCAACAUCCUGCUGCGCCCGAGGCUACUGCCUGGUCACAUCCAGGGUGUCUACGUGCAGAACGUGAUCAAGCUGUUCGCCCGCCUGGCCACCACGUGCUUAGAGCUUCAGGAUCUGCCUGGUUUGGUGACACUGUGCGACCAUGUGCUGGAUAAGCUACAGCAUUUCAAUGGUUCCAGCGACAUUGAGGUGCAGGAGCGUGCCAAUUCCGCUUGCAUGCUAAUCGAGAUGCUGCGCAACCAGCUGUCCACGUCAACCGAUGCCAUGGCCAUGGACACGACGACGGAGGGCGGCAUUCCGCCGCUGGCCAUUGAGAUUGUCCAGGAGAUGACGCUGCUGUUCACAGGCGAGCUGAUUCCGGUGGCGCCCAAGGCGCAACGUAAGGUGCCCCUGCCCGAUGGCCUGGAUCUGGACGAGUGGAUCAAUGCUCCGCCUCCGGAAGAUGCGGCAAGCAGUUCCUCCUCGGAGCACGACAAGGACGAGCUAUUCGUUAGCGCGGCACAGGCAGGCUCGGCAGCUGAUGGUGGCGGUAAGCGGCGGCAGAGUUUGGAGCUCACGCCCGAGCAACUGGAGCGGCAGCGAAUGGCGCGGCUCAUUGAGCAGUCGAACAAUCCUCAUUACCUCAAGUCCACGCCCACGGCGAGUGGUGCCUCGAAUGCGGAUCAGUAUGACAAUAUUGAUGACAUACCCAUUACGGAGCUGCCGCUGGACAUGGAGGGCGUGGCCGCUCUGCGCGUGGGCAUCACCAAGCGAUCGGAUAAGUACCUUCAGGAACAGCAGGCGGCACAGGGCGGCAAGGAUGGCAAGAAGAAGCAUAAAAAGGGCAAAAAGAGCAAAAAGGCCAAGAAUAAAGUGGCGUACAACAGCAGCUCCGAAUCGGAAGGAGAGCCGAAACCCUUGCACAUUGUGAACACCACGCUGGACAUGCCCGAAGGUGUCUCCAUGUCGGACAGCGAGGACAAGGAUGGCAAAUACGAUCCCAAUGAUCCGCAUCGAGCCCUGGACAUUGAAUUGGACAUCACGGACUUCGAAGCGCCCGCGGUGAGGUCCUCGUCCAAAAAGUCAGCGGCGGGCAAAGAGAAUCUCAAAACGCCGGCGGAGUCGGCCGGCAGCGGUAGCACCGCCAAGAAGGAUAGGAAAAAGGACAAGGAUAAGGAUAAGGAUAAGGACAAGGAGAGGAAGGCGAAGCGGGAGCACCGGGAAAGCAAGCGGGAACGCAAGGAGGCUGCUGUACAGCCGGCGAUCGAUCUCAUCGAUGCUGACACACUGGCGAUGGCCAGUGUCAUCGGGGGCAUCAUCAUUGAUAUGGGCGCGGAGGUGGCGACCAAGGCGCACAAGAAGAAGCAUAAAAAGGAGAAGUCGCAGCGCAAGGAGAAGAAGGCUUCCGAAUCUGCAUCAGCAUCCGUAUCCGCCAUCGUUUCGAUUGGCGAAUACGAACAGCCACUGGGAAUCUCAACGCCCAGCAAAGAGAUUUUGUAAUUGCUAAGCUCCAAGUUCCACUAUUAUAAUUAAUCAUUAUUA